AUGGAAGGAGAAAAUUGCUCCGACUUAACUGAAUUCCAGUUCUUGGGAAUUACUAAUAACCCUGAGAUCAAAGCAACCAUAUUCGCCUUGUUUCUGUUUGUAUAUCUCAUUAUUCUUGUGGCGAAUCUUGGAAUGAUCAUUUUAAUUAGACUGGAUCCCCAGCUUCAAACACCGAUGUACUUUUUCCUCAGCCACCUCUCUUUCUGUGACCUCGCCUACUCCACAGCAAUUGGACCAAAGAUGCUGGUGGACCUCUUUGUCAACAACAAAACAAUCCCCUUCCUUGGCUGUGCUCUGCAAUUCUUCACCUUCUGCAUCUUUGCAGAUUCUGAGUGUCUCCUGCUGGCAGUGAUGGCCUUUGAUCGGUACAAAGCUAUUAGCAACCCUCUGCUCUAUACAGUCAGUAUGUCAACCAGAGUAUGCUACAUGCUCAUGGCAGGAGUAUACCUGGUUGGCAUGGUGGAUGCUUUGAUCCAUACUACAUUAACUUUCUGCUUAUGUUUCUGUGGGUCAAAAGAAAUUAAUCAUUUCUUCUGUGAUGUCCCUCCACUUCUACUGCUGUCUUGUUCAGAUACACAGGUCAAUGAGUUAGUGAUAUUCACCAUAUUUGGCUGCAUUGAACUGAGUACCAUUUCAGGAGUUCUAGUGUCUUAUUGUUACAUCAUCCUCUCAGUUUUUAAAAUCCACUCUGUUGCAGGAAGGUUCAAAGCUUUCUCCACCUGUACCUCCCACUUAACUGUUGUUGCAAUUUUCCAGGGAACUAUGCUCUUUAUGUAUUUCAGGCCAACUUCUUCCUACUCUCUAGAUCAAGACAAAAUGACUUCAUUGUUUUAUACUCUUGUCAUUCCCAUGUUAAACCCUCUGAUUUACAGUCUACGAAAUAAAGAUGUCAAAGAAGCUCUGAAAAAAAUGAAAAAUAAAGUGUCAUUUUAA